GGAAUUCCUUCUCAAGAUUUGUCUUGGAUGAAAAGCAGGGUCUGGACCUCUAAGCUUGUUGGUGACUCCCCCUCUCUGCUGUUAGAAGGAUGGACUCGUACCUGAUCCAAGUGAAUGGCCAAGGAGAUCAUGUCCCCCUGUUGGAUAUUCAUCUCAAGACCAAUGGAAACAGCAUGUCACUGGGAAAGGUGAAGGGCCGGAAGCCAAGAUGGGCUGUCAGGGCUUCUGAAAUGUCAAAGAAGACUUUCAAUCCUGUCAGAGCCAUCGUAGACAGCAUGAAGGUGGAGCCCAACCCAAAGAAAGCCAUGAUCUCCUUGUCUUUAGGAGACCCAACAGUCUUUGGAAACCUUCCCACAAAUGAUGAGGUCACGCGAGCUAUGAAGGAGGCUUUGGACUCAGGACAUUACAAUGGUUAUGCUCCAUCUGUAGGCUACCAGUCCUGUCGAGAAGCAGUGGCUGCAUAUUACAACUGCCCAGAGGCACCAUUGGAGGCCCAGGAUGUCAUCUUAACAAGUGGCUGCAGCCAGGCCAUAGAACUUGCCUUGGCAGUGCUGGCUAACCCAGGCCAGAACAUCCUGGUGCCACGGCCUGGCUUCUCUCUCUACAAGACUCUGGCGCUGUCCAUGGGAAUUGAAGUUAAACUUUACAAUCUUAUGCCAGAGAAGUCCUGGGAAAUUGAUCUGAAGCAUUUGGAGUCCCUGGUGGAUGAGAAAACAGCUUGUGUAAUUGUGAACAACCCAUCAAACCCCUGUGGCUCGGUGUUCAGCAAGAGCCACCUCCAGAAGAUCCUGGCAGUGGCAUCAAGACAGUGUGUGCCCAUCCUUGCUGAUGAGAUCUAUGGAGACAUGGUGUUUGCUGACUGCAAAUAUGAACCCAUUGCAACUCUCAGCACCAAUGUGCCAAUUUUGUCCUGUGGUGGCCUGGCAAAGCGAUGGCUAGUCCCAGGCUGGCGGAUGGGCUGGAUCCUAAUCCAUGACAGGAGAGACAUCUUUGGUAACGAGAUCAGGGAUGGCCUUACCAGGUUGAGCCAAAGGAUCCUAGGACCCUGUACAAUUGUCCAAGGAGCACUGGAACGUAUCUUGCACAGAACACCCCCCGACUUCUACCACAACACCCUCAGCAUCCUCAAGUCCAAUGCUGACCUUUGUUAUGCUGCUUUGUCAGCUAUCCCAGGCCUCCAGCCUGUUCGGCCUGCUGGAGCCAUGUACCUCAUGGUUGAAAUUGAAAUGGAGCAUUUUCCUGAAUUUGAAAAUGAUGUGGAGUUCACUGAGCGGCUUAUCUCGGAGCAGUCUGUGUUUUGCCUGCCAGCUACAUGCUUUGAGUACCCAAACUUCUUCCGUGUGGUGAUCACUGUACCUGAGGAGAUGAUCUUGGAGGCCUGCAGUCGCAUUCAGGAGUUCUGUGAGAUGCACUACCAGGGUGCUGAGGGGGCCCAGGAUCUUGAGUGUGACAAGUAGCUACAGCCAACCUCCUGCCUCUGCCAGGCUAGACCUUGUGUGAGGUGGCAGGCAGGGCUGCUUCCACCCAGCACCACGUCUCCCUGCCUAUAGGCAGGUGCUGUCCUGCUGCUUCACAGACCUCUCAGCACCAUAGAAAGAAGCAGACCUCUCUUUUUCCACUGCACCUUCCACACCCUCUGGCAUCUGAUGCCUGUGGUUCCCAUAUACUCUGCAUCUGCACCCCAUACUGGUCUCUGUGCUGGCCACAAACCAGCCACAGGCAGGGACACCUGGCUGCUCCUGCACUGAGAUCCAUGGCAUUGACUCUGAGUGGCCAGAAGCUCCUGCACUGCCUGCACUCCCCCUCUGGGGCAGGAGAUGGUCACAAUCUCAGAGAACAAGAGACACUCACACACCUCUCACCUGUCUUACUUUAGGAGGCCAGAGUGCUUUAUACCAAGCCCUUUGUUCAGCAGAGGGAGUAAGUUAUUGUGACUUUUUUUAUUAAUAAAUCUUCUGACAUGGCA